CAGAGAUUCAACAAAUACACAUAUAUAUAGUUUUUUUCACCAACUCUCUCGCUCUCGGAUUCAAGAUGCCAAUCCCAGAGAAAUCUUCUGGUAAUAAUAAUAAUAAUAAUAAUGAUAAUAAGAGGUUAGUUGUUAAGAAGCUUUUCGCAAGACAGCAAGACGAAGGAUUUGGUGCUGUUGUAAGAAGAAGCAUCGGAAGGUUUGAGUUUAGGUACUUCGACCCAUUUCUUGUUUUGGAUGAAUUCUCAGUUUCAGCUCCUUCAGGAUUCCCAGAUCAUCCACACAGAGGUUUUGAGACAGUCACUUACAUGUUAGAGGGAGAGAUUUUGCAUGAAGACUGUGAAGGACACAAAGGAGUAAUAAGAGAAGGAGGGUUAUAAUGGAUGACUGCAGGAAAAGGCCUUGUUCAUUCUGAAAUGCCUUCUUCUAAUCCCAAUGGCAUAAUUACUCACAACAAGCGUUUGCAACUUUGGAUCAAUCUCUCCUCAAAACAUAAACUAGUGGAGCCGAGUUAUCAAGAGAUAGAGAGUCAAGAUAUAGCAGAAACAGAGAAAGAUGGUGUGAGAGUUAGAGUCAUAGCAGGAGAAUGGAAUGGAGUUAAGUCAAAAAUUUGCACAAGAACACCAACAAUGUAUCUAGACUUCACUCUCUCGCCGGGUUCUCGAAUCUCUCAGCCCAUUCCACUUCAUUGGAACGCGUUUGUCUAUAUUCUUCAAGGCCAGGGCCAUUUUGGGGAUGCCAAGUUACAACACUCAGCCGCUGCUGCCCACCACUUGCUGGUUCUAGGCCUAGGUGGUGACCGUUUAGAAGCUUGGAAUGGUUCUGAUACCGGUUUGCCACUUCGGUUUAUCCUUGUGGCUGGUGAGCCUAUUGGUGAACCAAUGGUUCAGUUUGGUCCUUUUGUUAUGAACACACAAGAAGAGAUUGAUCGGACCAUUGAUGAUUUUGAGAAUUUUACAAAUGGGUUUGAAAACGCUAGACAUUGGAAGUCUCAAGCUGCUUCUUCCUUGGGAUUGUUUUGAAAUCUUUUUGCCUCUAUUUAUAUUUCAUAUCCAAUUUUUUUAAUUAGUUGUAUGAUCUUUACUACAUCUACUAGGACUCAGGUCCCAGCAAUGUGGCAGAGAAAGAAUUUCAAAAAAAAAAAAAA